GAGAAUUUGCAUGGCUGUGCCCUUCACUCAUCGCCUAAAAUUUGAAUUAUUCCAAGUUAUACCUUCAUUAACAAUAUAACUCCGCGUGUUCUGCAAAUUUGGACGGAAUCCCAGCAUCAGCUACAAUUAAUUAUUAGAUUCAAAGGACAAUUGGUAUCCAAAUCAUGAUGAUGGAUUCAUCGACUCAGUUAUUAGAAUCCCAGAGACAACUUGCUGCUGAAGAGUUAUGUUUGAAGAAGAGUCUCGCCCAAAUCGAAGAGCAAAUUAAUGUUCUUCAGAUUGAACAGCUGCAUUUAAUUGCAUUGCUGAAGAAAUCCUCGAAGGGAUCUCCAAAGGAAACAUUGGGAUCUGCAAACACUCAAGCAGGGACUGAAACCAAAGUUGAAGAGCUCGACCUCGAUGUACCAAUUCAUAUGAAGGUGUAUUUGGAAGAGGGAGAAGAAGAAGAAGAAGAAGAUGAAGAUCUUUAAUUUAUAUAUGUAUCCGAUAACCGAUUGAAGUUCAUAUAAGCUUCAAUGAUAAUAAAGACUGAGUAUUUCUAUAUCAUAAACAACCUCAACAUUUCUCUCAAGGGAAGACUACUAUGAGUUUUAAAAGUCACGGGCGAUUGGAGUGAGAUUUCUCAUGCAUUGAGGAUCGU